AUGGUGGAUGAUUAUCCGUCAACCAGCACCACAACAGCCUUAGUGUUCACAAAUCGGCUACUCAGGGAUAUAAAUGAUAUACUCCUUCAGCACGGAAAACAGAUUACACAAUACGAUUUGCCAGCUUUAACUCAUGAAAAUGACAAUGACAACUCGAUACCCAGAGUUAUCCAAGAAGAACUGUCUGUCGAAAAUCGGUUAGACCGCACUCUGAGAGAUAUAUUAGCAAACGAUAUGCCAUUUGGAGGAAAAGUGAUGGUGAUGGGAGGAGAUUUCCGCCAAGUACUGCCUGUGGUACCGAAAGGUAGUAAGUCACAAAUGAUUUCAGCUUCUAUAGUUAAGUCUCAAUUAUGGGCUUCCACUAAAAUUCUCCAUUUGCGACAAAAUAUGCGAUCUUCUAAUGAUCAUGUUUUUGCUGAAUAUCUUAUGCGCAUUGGUGAUGGAAUUGAACCCACCAUACAUGAAGACUUUGUACGGAUACAAGCAAAUAUGGCAAUUCCGUGGGAGGGUGAAACAUCGUUACACAAGUUAAUAGAAGAAAUAUUUCCAAACUUACAAUCUCAUGGGUGGGACGCUUCUUACAUGGUAGAAAGGGCAAUAUUGACACCAAAAAAUCAUGAUGUGCAACAGCUUAAUGAUAUAAUUAUCAACCAGUUUCCAGGAGAAGAACGAAAUUUAAUCUCAUUUGAUGAAGUAGAAGGAGAUGCUAAUAAUUUAUAUCAACAAGAAUAUCUUAACUCAGUUUCUACAGGCGGGUUGCCACCUCAUGUGUUGAAGGUAAAAAGAGGUGCACCUUUGAUGUUAUUGAGAAACAUAGACCCUAAGGCCGGCUUAUGCAAUGGUACAAGGUUACUAUGUCGUGGAACUUUUCAAAACAUGUUGGACGUAGAAAUUUUAACCGGUCAUCACUGUGGAAGAAGAGCUUUCUUACCUCGGAUAAAACACAAAACAACAGAAAAUUCAGGACUGCCAUUUAUCCUUAUCCGGAAGCAAUUUCCUGUAAGGUUGAGUUUUGCAAUAACAAUAAACAAAUCACAAGGACAGACAAUUCCUAAAGUAGGGAUCUAUCUCCCUAAACAUGUAUUUAGCCAUGGCCAAUUAUAUGUUGCUCUAUCUCGAAGUAUUUCUCAGUCAACUACAAAAAUUUUAGUCAAAGAAGGAAAAAUAGAUGGAACAAGUGGUGAAUUUACCAGAAAUGUAGUUUUCAAAGAAAUAUUGUUACCUUCCCCACAGGUUCAUUCCCUUCAAAUUUAUUCUAUUGGCUGGGGAGGAACGGUUAAAACAGACAAGACCCAAUUCUGGAAGAUGAUAAAAAAGGAAAUACUGCUCCAACAACAUACAAGAACAUCACACACCCUCUCAAGUAAGUCCUUUUUUGUUGGCUCCUUCCUCCAUCUCGAUGUUACUGGUAUUGUUGCUAGCUCCACCGCCUCCAACCUCUUCAUCCUCCUCUUUGGUCUUGAUGACAAAGAGAAAGCAAUAGGAAGCCUCUUCGAUGGUAACAUCGGCAUCGGAUUAAACAAGAGGUCCAAGACGCAGCUGGAGAUGUGUGGCAAACAAUGA